AUGUCCCCUUACAGUAUCAAGACCCCAGUGAAGCACCACAUGCGUGGCACGGUCUCUUACCCCAGGUAUGAUAAUCCAGGAAUCCUCUGGCCUCCCAGCAGACAGUCCGUGUUGUGGAUCCACACCCUAGAGUGUGAUGAACUUGAAAGGGUCUGGGCUGCAGACAGAGGACAAAUAUUAACAUUUGGUAAUUUUGCACAGAAAGGAGCAAAUAGAAGGGGGUGGGGUGAGCAGCCUAUAAGGAAUAGAGCACAUCACUUGGAGGAUGUAAAACUGCCAGAGUGUAGUAUGGUGAACCAGCUUAGAAAGACAAAUGGGCUUUGUGGGCAAACUGUACUCAUGGAAGCAUCAGACACCAUUACUGAUACUCUGUGUGCAAAACAGAGGAUGGGUAGAAGUAAAAUAGAUGUACCAGAACAUGGAAGGCAAGUGACAGAUGCAAAAAGCUGCAGUGAUUGUAAUGGAACGGCUGCCAUCUGCGAUCAGAAGCAAGGCUAUGUGACGUGUACAUGUGGAUCUGGCUUUAAUGGAAAUGGCCUUAAUUGCACUCAGUUUGUGUUCUGCAACAGUGCCUGCUGCUCACCAGGAUACACCUGGGAUGCUGUAAAUAAGAUUUGCACUGAUAUCAAUGAAUGUUUAUCACCCACUUUAAACAAAUGUUACCCAGGGAGUUGCACAGAUAGGAAAGGCAUACAUCUGUGUGGUUCUUCUAUUGGUCUUAGUUGCAAUGGAAACGUUUGCCCCUUUGAUAAGGACUGUAUAGUGAAUGCAAAUAAUGUUGCUGAAUGUUCAGAUCCCUGUGCCACCAACCAAUAUCUGGAUGGAGAAAGCAGAUUGUGGAAUAAACCUUCUACAGGAAGGUUCCUCACUGAUCGAUACAACUUUGGCUGGUUCCGUUACAAGGAUGGUUAUAAGAUCAAGGACGGGUGUGUAGGUGCCUUGAAAUGUGGCUCUUUGGAACCUUAUUCUCUGUCCCAACACCCAGCUCUUGGACAAGGCAUAAAACUAUUUCCUCUUAUUAUUAAUGGUUUAUCAGGCUGUACAAAUGGAGCACCUAUCCCUGUGAAAGCCUGCCCAGGAGGAUACUUUGUGUACAAGUUCUCAGGGUUCCUGAAAUUUGAUGUCUAUUGCACAGAGCCAACUUACGUAAUUCCCGUAGCAAACUUAACUACAGCCACUACCACUACCACCAUCACUCCAAGCACCACUACUUCAACAACCACUUCCACUACUACAAAAAGCACAACUACGACCACUUCAGAAACAACUACUGUCCUAGCCCCAAGUUCUCCAACUACCCCCAAAAGCAUAACUACUCCCACUAGCACUACUACAAAAAGCACAACUACUCCCACUACCACUAUUACAAAAAGCACACAUAUUCCCAUUACUACUACUACAAAAAGCACAACUACUCCCACUACUACAAAAAGCACAAAUAUUCCCAUUACUACUACUUCAAAAAGCACAACUACUCCCACUACCACUACUACACCCACAACUUAUCCACCAAUACCAUGUAAUAUUACAACUGUUGUAAUACCUGGUCAACAUCCAAAUCCUAAUGACAACAUUACUGUUACUUCUGUAAAAAGUACAAACAUAAUUACUGUCAGAAUUAUAAGCCGUACAUUAAAUGGAAAAGAGUUGAAGUUCCUGGAGAUCAACGAGACCACCAAUGUAAAUAUUUCGACGAAGACUGUCACACCCAGUACAAUCUUCUACAAAAGUACAGUUUCUAUAUCACCAUCAGUGAUAACACUUCUUAUAGAUGGUGAAAACCCACAAUCAAACACAGAUAGACCGGAUACAAAAGUUUUAAUCAAUGAAUCCUCAGUACCCAAUACUAACAAGUUUGAACCAUCUAACUACUGCAGUAAACCGGCCUUUACCAGAACCAUUACUAAUACCACCUCAUCUGAUGGAAGCAGCUGCUCUGGCAUUGUCACAGAUCUGCUCACUACUACAAUAACCACCACUGAAGAAAUUAUUGUUUCAGGUUCAGAUGGUUUUGCAGCUUGCUGUAGUUAAAUUUAAUUAUAUCCUUCUUUCCUACCUUAAAUAUUUAGAAAUAUGUGAAAGGUGGUACUACUUGGGUCUUCCAUCUUCUUCUCAAAAACAAAACAUUUGCAGAUUGGGAAUAAUUUUUCUUAACAAAUAUUUUCAGUAUAAGCAAAAAAACUUUGUAAAGAAUCAGGGCCAUAUUUAUUGAGAUAGGUAUUUAUUAAGAUAUGCUACAGAUUUAUCCACUUCAGGUUCUCCCAAAUCUGGUGACUUUGAAUGGAAAAUGGCCCUAUUCUUCCAAACUCAAUGAACAAAAAAGUUGCACAUUUUAACUUCCCUUGAAAUACAAUAGCAUUAUUUUGCUAUUUUUUUAUGGCCUAUCCAAGUAAAAUAUCAUGAAGUAUUUUAUCAGUUUAUUGUACAAUAAAAAUAGCCUCACAUAAUGUAAAAAAAUAACAGAACUAUGCAUGAACUUUAUGAUGUGCUUUUGUUAAUGAAGGUAUUUGUGUAGAUGCACAUUUUCAAAGUAAAUCUAAAAAAACAAACAGAACAAAAGCUUACAAAAGUGGUUUUCCCUUGCUGCAUCCUACCCCAUAAAAUGGAUUGCUGUGUUUAAAACAGUACUUGAAAGCAAAAACUGUGAGAUAGUGUAUAUCUAAUAUACCCAGAGUUCUCUGGUGCUUGAUAACAACAAUGUAUACAGAGUACUUCUGGUGGAAAGCAAGCAGGGAUACUUGCCUAGAUUUGCUAAUUACUUUUAUAUAAUGGAGGAUUUUAAUUUCAUGCUUUUAUCUCCACCAUAAUUCAAAUGAGUAUAUAUAUAUAUAUAUAUAUAUAUAUAUAUAUAUAUAUAUAUAUAUAUAUAUAUAUAUAUACUGUAUAUAUAUAAAUAAAUAAACACACAUACAUAUAUAAAUUCUCUCUCUUUUUCUCCCCCACCUCUUUAUCUUUUAAAAUGUAUUUUUAGUUAGGUAUUAGACUUAAAUGAGAAAUGUAAGAGAGGUUAGUACUUCAUAUUUUUGUUUAAUACUUCACAUUCCCUGUAAUAUAUGUAAUGCUGAUGCAUAUUCAAAUUAAUCAUGUUUAUAUGGAUUUUCCAGCUUUUUGUUUUUGCUUUUACAUGGUGUGUUAAUAAAGGGUCUUUUUCAGCAGUUGUAAAA